AAUUCCUAAAACCCUUUCUCCACCCAUAUGCAUGUGACUCAAAAAAAACUAAAACCCCACACAUUGCAACCAACAACACCAAAAAAAAAACAGAAAUACUCAUUCAUUUUUCUCUCUCUUUUCUCUUUUUCUUUUUCACUGUGUUAUUGUGAAUUGAACCUUCAAAUCACUAGCCAUGGCGGCUAUCCAAGAAUCACGGACGGAUCAACCAAAAACAACACCGCCGUUUCAACCACCGCCGCCGUUACUCGUUUCUGAUUCUUACGCUAAAGACGCUAUUCUUGCAUGGUUUCACGGCGAGUUUGCCGCUGCUAACGCAAUCAUUGACUCUCUCUGCGGUCAUCUUGCGCAAGUUGCUUCGUCGUCGAACGAUUAUGAUUUGGCGUUUGCUGCUAUUCAUCGGCGGCGUCUUAACUGGAUCCCUGUUAUUCAGAUGCAGAAGUAUCACUCCAUUGCUGAUGUCACUCUUGAACUGCGUAAGGUCGCUGAGAAGAAAACUGAAUCGGUUGAUGGAGCGAUGAAAACUGUAGAGAGUGAUGGUUUUGAUGAGAAAGUGGUGGAAAGUGUCGGGAAUGGUGGCGAUGACGCGACGGCGGAGGUGACGGUGGAAUAUGAUUCGCCGGACAGUGAGAUCACUGAUUCAGGAUCGCAGGAAAUUCAACACAGUUUCACUAACAAUAGUAUAUGUUCAAAUCAUGAAGAAUGUGAAGGACGUUCUUCACAGAUAAAGUUGACAAAAGGUUUCACAACAAAGGAGAUCCUGAAAGGGCAUCUGGUGAAUGCUGUGAAAGGGUUGAGGUUGUAUGAAGACAUUUUUUCUGAAUCACAACUCUGCAAGCUGAAUGAUUUUGUGAAAGAGAUCCAUGCUGCUGGCCAGAAUGGGGAACUUUCAGGUGAAACCUUCAUACUAUUUAACAAACAGGUGAAGGGGAACAAGAGAGAGCUGAUUCAGUUAGGUGUUCCCAUAUUUGGACAGAUAAAAGACAAUGCAAAACGUAUUGAGCCAAUUCCAUCACUUCUACAUGGUGUCAUUGAUCACCUUAUUCAGUGGGAUUUGAUUCCAGAGUACAAAAGGCCAAAUGGUUGCAUCAUCAACUUCUUUGAAGAGGGGGAGUUUUCUCAGCCAUUCAUGAAACCUCCGCAUUUGGAUCAACCUCUAUCUACCCUUCUUCUCUCUGAAUCUACAAUGGCUUUUGGGCGUAUUCUUAUGAGUGAAGAUGAUGGGAAUUACAAAGGUCCACUUACGCUCUCUUUGAAGCAAGGGUCUCUUUUAGUGAUGAGAGGAAACAGCGCUGACAUGGCAAAGCAUGUGAUGUGUCCAUCUCCUAACAAAAGGGUGAGCAUCACCUUCUUUAGAGGUAGAGAAGACUCCUAUCAAGGCCAAUCAACAAAUCCUCCAACGACGAAAUCUGCGAUGACUCUCUGGCAACCCGACACUGCCAGUCCAUUUGCUUUGCCAAAUGGAGCACUAAGUGGCAAUGAGGCUAUGGAUAUGAUGCCCCCAUGGGGAAUUCUUGGUGCUCCGAUGGUCAUGCUAACCCCUAUGCACCCUAUGACAAUGAAUCCCAGCAAACUUCCUUGCGGAGGGACCGGAGUUUUCUUUCCUUGUUGGAAGGGGCAACCCAGAAAACAGCCAAGGUAUCUUCCACCGCGUGCCCACAAAGGACGAGUUAUGGCAUUACCUUCCCCUGUUAAGUCACACACAGAAGACUCUACUUCUGAACCCACCAUUACUGUUGAAUGAUAGGUAUGAUUUCAGACUCAGAGCAGCCUUGGGUUUAAAGAAACGUAAAUCAGGAAAGGGGGUUUCCCGCCUCAUUUAUGUGCUUUGAACUCUGCAGUAAUUUAUUUUGUUGUACAAAAGGCCCAGGUGCUGCCAGAACAGUUCCUUUCAUCCAUUUUUGUGACAUUUUCCUUGUUGCUUUUAGAUUAGUGUUCGUGAAUAGUUUAUUUUGGAUUCAGAUCAGCUUAUACAAUUUGGAGAGGUCUAGCUAUAGUUUGGCAAAAUGUGAAUUAAUACCAGAGGGUGGAAUUUUGUAUGAAUGGUUAUUUAUAUUUUCAUUUUAGACUAUUUUUAUUUUAGACUCCGAAGAUGCCUAGUUACAGCAUUUACUUGGUUUAAAUUGGUUAUAUAUGUGUGGAUUGGUCGUGUGGAAUAUUAUUAUUAUUAUUAUUAUUAUUAUUAUUAUUAUUAUUAUUAUUAUUA